GAGGAUGAGGCGGGCACUGCUCACCCUACUGCUGCUGCUCGCCCGCCCGCCGCCCGCCGCCGCCCGCCCCGCCACCACCGACGACUCCAUCCCGGCGGCCGCCGGUUCCAUCCCGGCGGUCGGGACCGGGGCUCAGGACCGCCCGCUGUGGCCGCCGCUGGCGCCGCCGCCGCCGGGGCCGUGGCGAGGGCGGCGGGACGAGCCGCCGCUCUCCAUCGACCUCACCUUCCACCUGCUGCGGCACCUGCUGCUGCUCGCCCGCGCCCAGAGCCAGCGCGCCCGCGCCGACUCCAAUCGCCGCAUCCUCGACGCCGUGGGGCGCUGAGCCCAGAGCUCCGGACACCCCGAACCCCCGGGACCCUCGGGCUGCACCGCGGGGCACCGACAGCGGCACGGGCUGAACCCGCCCCGGCCCCAGCGCUGCGGGCGGGACCGGCCCCGGGAGCGGCCCCGGGAGC